CCAUUCAUAGAGGGGGAGGGAGGGAGAGAGAGGGCGGGAAAAGGAAGACGAGAAGAUUUUCCAAGCUCGGGGGAUUAGGGUUCAGUUUGCUUGUGUUCUCCCAUUUUUCGGUAGAAUUAGGAUUAACGUUUCCGGGGUUUCGCUCGCGAUCUGUAGAAGUGGUUACUCAGUGGUCGGAUACAAUCGGGCGAUCUUUUUUGUCGGGGUUGGAGUCCGCGGGAAUGGAGUCGGCUAUCUGGGACGAUUCGGCUCUCAUUCGCGCCUUCGACGACGCCAUGACCAAAUACAAGGUGAUGCAUGCAAUACAACAAAGCGGUUCUGAUCAUGCAAUUAAGGCUGAAAAUGAUGCUCAGGGAGGGGAAAUCAGUGCUGUUGGUGAGUCAAGACUUGAUUUCUCUAGAAAUGUGGAGUUUCAUCGUGAUGCUGAUAACUUAUUAAAGGGUUCAACCGAGAUUCCUGCAUCCUGUGAUACUUCAGGAGAAGUAGCCAAGAGUCCUGCUCUUGAUGAAAAUAAUCCAGCGUCUGACUCAAACAUCAAAAAUAGUUGUACAUAUGCAUCUAUGGAUCCUGCAUCACAUGGACAAUUUGAUGGUUAUGCGACUCCUGAAUAUGCAGACUAUAGCCAGUUAAUUAGUAAAUAUAAUGAGCUUGAGAUGCAAAGGCAGCAGGUGUUGCAACAAAUUUAUCAAGCAAGUUAUAGCAAUGAUCAACCAUCAAGUAGUAGCUGUGUUUCUUCUUCCCCAUGGGAUGUUUGCUGCUGCACUGCCCAGCCCCAUCAGCUCCCUACGUACCAGUCAGUUAACUCUUGCUUACAAUCAUUGUGUCACCCUUGCUACUGUGUACCUGCUCAACCUGUUAGCACAUUAUCUCCUGAGGUGGUACACUGUGCUGCUAAUAGUAGCAUCCCUGCCACUGUUCCAGACUCGGCCUUGGGUACUGCAAAUCAGAGAUCUUCUUCUUGUGAUAGUGUUGUGUCACUGGGAAUAGAAGCUGCAGAAAGGGCUCUAGCUUCUAUCAAGAUCAAAGCUUUUGAGUCUAAUAAGGCUUGUGAAGGUGAGCAAGGGGGCAGUCAGAGCAGCAGAUCUGACACUCAGAUCUCUGAUCUUCUUACGGCUUGGUAUUCUGCAGGAUUCUACACCGGCAAGUAUCUGGCGGAACAGUCAAAUGCCAAACGCUUGUAGAAUUUCGUGUAUGCAUCGUCUCAUCAACAGUGGCAGACAUGUGGCACGUUAACUCUUUUUAGCAAUCAAUAGUUCACCUUUUGAGCACUAUAUAUUUCAUGGUUGCAUGUCCUUGUAAGAAAAACUUAAAGCAGGGGAAAUCCAGCUUAUGGUUCUGCAUGGAAGGACCUAAGCAGCUGUUGUUAUGGGGCUGGGAAACAAGCCAAGUUUCUCUAGUUCUUGUUUGCUUGGUCUGGGAAGGUCUUGCUUUUGAACUCGUCAAAAUGAGCUUGGCGUUUUAGGUGCGACUGGUAUUUGCUCAGCUCGGCCCUACUUGUAAUAAACUUAUUAAACAAUGAUCAGUAUAGUUCACAUAUAUUAUUUCA